UCUCCAUCCACGCCCUCCCCAGCAUGUUCUCCUCCCUCAAAAGCGCGGCCCUCGUCGGUCUCGUCGCCCUCUCAUCACUGGGCGCUGUCUCCGCAAAAGGCGCCUUGGGCGUCAAGGCUGCCAAGGUCUCUGUCACCUCGCCCGAUGGUCUCAACGACGCGACAUAUACUUUGAAAGAACCCGCUCCCAUCUCAGCACCCAUCGACCUGUCUGAAUCCUCCAUCUUCAAGCUUUCAUUCACUGUCGUCGACACCGUGUCUGGCGAGUCGGUCUACCCUCAACAAGCUUCGCUGCUGUUUGAAGAUCCCAAGGGAGACGAUGUCACUCUUCCAGUGACUGUCAAGAGCAAUGGCAAAGCUCAGCUUACCAUCAACGCUGCCAAACCCCACCCAGCCCUCCUCCCAACCCACGGCAAGUUCCACCUCACCCUACUCCUCUCCGCUUUGGACGAAUACGCCCCUCUGGCCUACCCCUUGGGCGAGCUCUCCUUGCCGUCUUCGGUCCUCCAGCCUAUCCCUAGGAAGCGACACGAUCUGCCCGCUCGGGCGGGCGAGCCGGCGUUCCAGCCUGAGCAGGAGCUGUUCCACACUUUCAGUGAAGAUCCCAAGACUGUUGGAUGGUUCAAGAGUGGAAGCGGGGUUGCGAUCACGCUCGCGCCUUGGGGGCUGCUUUUCGCUUUGGUCGGCAAGCUUUCUCCAUCCCUCAGCUUGCAGACCCCCGCCGUCUCUUCCGUCAUCUUCCUGAUAGUACUCGCUGCCAUUGAGACGCUUAUCUUUGUCUACUGGGUUGGACUCAAGUUGUACCAACUCCUUCCCCCUUUCCUCGCUCUCUGCGCCAUCGCCGCUUACACCGGUCUGGUCGCUCUUCGGGAGAUGCGAGUGCAAAGACUGAAGGCGGGCGGUGUGCCUUAGGCGAAGAGCGUCGGCGUGGAGAAGCUAGAUUUGAUGCAAGUCUGAAGAACAUGCGCAUGCAAUGACAUGUGCUAGAUGGGAUCUCUAUGGGCACGUGUGAUGUCUACAUGAGGGACCGACAAGGAGCGCAUGUCGAGACUUUGGGAUAAGACGCUGUGCACUCCUUUAUGCCACAGUAUCGAACGUUCAUCGUAAUCGGAAGGAUUGAUUGUCUGAGCAAUCUGCACGUCCUGUCACGUUUGAUAACGAUUCAUAUCGCAAAGUCCAGGCGAAUCUAGGCAACAGGCUGAUCUGCAGGCCCAGCCCAAAGUUGAACGAUCUCGGAAGCAGUGCCAUGUCGGAGUAGAUCAAUGCGAGUGCCGGCGGCAGUUGAUACAUCGCACGCCCUGUCUCUGAUGGCGAAUGCUGUAGCGUAUGUUGACCCAGAUACUUUUGCUCCAUGCAUUGUAUCGCAUACCCGCUGGGCGGGCGGUGACGGUCAUACUCGGUGCUAAAUUUGAUCGCGGUUUGUUUACGCUGGGUGCGCCGAGUUGUUGGGAACGAAUUCAUCAGCUCCUUUCCC